CCGGAGUUCAGGCUUUUCAAUGAAGUGCCUUCGUCCCACAACGAAUGGAAGGAUCGGUCCUGUUACAUAUGCCUGGAGGAGAACCCCUUUCCCGCUCCGCUCCGCAACAGCUUCCGGCGUCACCCGAAGGUAGGCUGUGCAGCCCUGGAGAAGAACGGCAGGAUACUCGCCAACAAACCGGAGGGGUCCGACAAGCAUGUUAAAAUCAAAGACGUUACUCUCUCUGAUGAAUUGUUCAAGCUCGGCUUCCGGCAGUGUCGGCCGAGGGGCUCAUCGGAUGAAAGAUACCCUCUGAUAGACUGUGUAUUCGAGGGAGCCGGAGGUGAUUAUCGAAGGGUUAUGUGUUUCGUACCCCGAGAAUUUUCCUUUGUUUUUUGUCAAUCCACGUCAUUGUAAUUGAUACCCUUCGGCCUAAUCAUUUUGUGUCUUAUCUUUGCAGGUAAUAAUAUGGACGUGAGCUCUCUCUUCACCCUGAAGAACGCCAAAGGGAAGAAGAAGUGUCCAGUGGGCGCUUCCACCAGGGAGGAGUCCUCCCAAGCUGCUAAUGCCGGUGCUAGUGCCGGGGGGUCCAAAGGUGCUGGGGCCAUGAAGAAAAAGAACUGUGGCAAUGGGACCGAGCCCCCGGCCAAGAAGUUGAAAACCGCGGCCUCCGGCAAGCAACCGGCCGUCGAUGUUGUCGUCAUUGUGGACGAGGGGCACGCCUCCGCCCCCACCCCUCAGGAGCACAUCAACCAAGACUUCUUCGGCCGGGAGAAGUUGGAGGCGAUAGUGCCGAAGGGGGCAUCCGUGCUGGAGGGUAGCCUCAACCCGUCGGUGCUGAUGAGCCAGAUGUUGUCCUCGGCCGAUCGGCUAGCCCUCACUAGGAUGGACGAGGGCUCCCUUGAGGCCAAGAUUCUGCUGAGCAGUGCCUCCAACUUCAUGGGCCUCUGUGAGCACCUCUGAAGGGUGGAGCAGAUGAAGGAGGCGAAGGGUGCUGCUGAAGGGGAAGCUGUCAGCCUUAGGAAGAGGCUGGAUGAGGCCGAGGAUUCCCUCCGCUUGGCCACUGAUAACAUGGAGCAGUGGGUGCAAGUUGCGAGGGCCGAGGGGUAGAGCGAGGGCCUGGCUGAGGCCGGGGAGGCUGCUAACCGAAGCCGCUCGCGUUGCUACCGAGGAAGCCCGUGUGGCUAAAGAAGAGGCUGCCUCCAAGGCUCGGGAGGAUGCUAUAGCUGCCUUUACCGCCGAGGGGUGGAAAGCAGAGGAGCAGAAGGAAUGGUUGUCCUCGGUGGUGCAGGCUUCGGUGGAUGCUUGGGUUGGAGGCCCCGACAAAAUGUGUCUUGCUGAGAAGGGUGACUCCUAUUAUCAAGGUGGGGAGUUUUUCACCCAGCGCCUCAUAUACCGAAAGCUUGCCAGGCACUUUAAACUUUCACCGGAGGAGUUCCAGCCCGAAGUUUAUGGCCUUCCCCCUCGGCAACCAGACAUCAGGGUCUCCCUCCCCGAAGGCGAAGAGAGGCCGGUGCUUGAAGAUUCGGAGACCCUAAGGGAAUGCGGCCUCGGGGGUGAUGGAGAUGAGGCCGAGGGCGAAGCCACUUCCAAAGCUGUCGACGGGGGCGACGUUCCAGCUGCCAAUUUGUAAUCUGUAUUCUGAACAAUUCUUGAUGCACCUUUGUAAUCACAUUGUUUAACUUUUGGAUCUGGCCCUUAUGAACACCCUGCCCUAUGUUUUUUAUGAAUUGAUGCCUCCGGGAUUUUGUAUAUAACAUGUUUUCAUUUUUGAAUGUAUGCUUUCACCUUCUCUUUCCUUUGUGUAUGAAUGUAUGCUUGUUUGGUAAUUUGGCCGAGGGGCCAACUUUUAGGACUUAGAAAAUAUUUUCCUAAGUAUAAUGCAUCCAGUAGCUUUCGGCUACUAGGUCCCUUUAGUCAUCUGAAUAUUCCACCGAGGGCCAAAUGUUCAGGACUUAAUUUUUUUUUCUAAGUGUUGUUCCUCAUUUGGCCCUUGGCUUAAUUCCUUCCCUCUGAUCCUGUGUAGCCUUCAUGAGGUGACCGGAGGCAAAGCAUUUAGGACUUAGAAAUUUUUUCUAAGUGUUUGAAUAUCAUCUGGCCUUCGGUAUGUGGGCAUUUCUUGCUGCAUGAAGUGGGGUGACCCUCGUUGCAAUGUGAGUUUGCCGAGGGCCACACGCUUUAUGACUUAGAAGUUUUUUCUAAGUGUUUCCUGUUGUUGGCCUUCGGUGAGGGGGCCCUUCGGCAUAGUAGCAAUCUCCGAGGGCAGCCUACUUUGUGGUCCUAGAAUAAUUUCCCUUGUCUCGCAAGACUAGCCUGCGGCAAUAAAAGCCUUCGGCUGUUGUCAUGUUUCCACAGUGUUGACUUAGAAAAUUUUGUAGUCCAAGUGCAGCAUGAAAAAGACAGACUCUCUCGGGCAAUGCCUGGGUGUAUCCCCUCGGCAUCUAGUGAGGUGCCGGAGGUGAUUCUCGCUUGGAUUUGGCCAACAUCUGAUAGCAUUUGUUGUAUAGUAGCCUUCGGGGACGUUUUUGAAUUGUUGUUGAGUGAACCUAUCAAAUUUUGUAGGAUUUGAGCCUUCGGUUUUGAUGUAGCCGGAGGCAAUCAAAAAGUGGACUUAGCCAUUUGUUGAUGGUACUUGUUGAAUAGUAUCUUUGGUAAUCAGGAGCUUCCAGGUACCGGAGGCGUUCCCGUGGGGGGCCCUCGGUAUGUAUUGUCUUGUAAUGCCGAAGGGCGUUCUGUCGUGAAUUGUUGGAGUGGCGUACUCAUUGAUUUCUCGCUGAGUCUACUCCCCUUCGCCACCCCAUUUUUUUGGUAGUGAAGGGAAGGCUUCAAGAAACUUGGUUUCUUAGUAAGGCUUGGCCUAUCGGGAGAUAAUAGAAUACACCAUUAGCUCCCCCCUCGGGUUAACCUUCCGAGUUCCGAGGGGAUCGAGGGUCGUUUCCUGGGCACAAGACAUGGUCUGUAGCCUACCUCCCCUUGGGAGAUGCCACGGAAAGCGCCUCAGUUUUGAAAGUCGUCCCCUCCGCGCCAGACAUAGUCCGUGGCCUGCCACACCCUUGGGGUAGUGGCGCGGGGAGCGUUUCGAUUUGGAAGUCGAAUCCUGGGCAUAUUAGAUGCCUACCAAUCCCUCGGGGGGAAUGGCGCGGAAAGCGUUCCGUUUUUGAAAGUCGAAUCAUGGGCAUAUUACUUGCCUGUCAUACCCUUGGGGUAGUGACGCGGAAAGCGUUUCAGGGAAGGGUUUUCACUUGCACACUGGUUGCAAAUGGCCGAGGGCACUACGCGCUACCGGCACCGAUAGGUGGCGCUUUCGGUAUAUGCGUCCUCGAGGGGUACGGCUUUAGAAACAACAUUUGGUGUUUGUUCUGGUAUACGGCCCCCGGCACUUGGUACCGAGGAGUCUUCAGUAAAAACAUUUGGUGUUUUUCUUCAUUUGUUGUAGGUGAUUGAGGUGUCUUCCUUCGGCACUUGGUACCGAAGGGUCUUCAAAGGAAACACUCGGUGUUUUCUUCUGUUUGUUGAAAAUUGAUAGUAGUGUAUGCCCCCGGCACUGGGUGCCGAGGGGCCUUCAUUGAAGACAUUUGGUGUUUUCUUCCCUGUUGUAGGUGAUAGUAUAGUCUACCCUCGGCACUUGGUGCCGAAGGUUCUUACUUGUGAUAAGGCCUUGGGCUAGGGGCUGAUAUGAGGGCUUGGCCGCUCAUAAGAGUCUCGUUCCAUGUUCUUGGUAUCUUCAAUAUGCCUUCAUUCUUCAAAAAUUGGAGGCCUUGGGCCGCAAAAUAAUACAUUCACUAGUUAUGAGGGCUUGGCCGUUCUAAUGUUAUUGAUAAAAUUUAACUAAGUGAUGUACAUUCCAGUGUCUAGGGACCUCGGUCCCAUUGGGGCGUUUGAGUUUGUAAGUUCCAGGCUUGAUGAUAGCUGUCACUAUGUAAGGGCCCUCAAACUUGGGCGCCAUUUUGCCUCCCUCGGUUGGUU